ACAGCCUCCAAACUGCCUGGGGGGUGAUGUGCUGAAGCGGCAGAGGKGAGAGCGCCAUGAGGCUCCAGCUGGAGAAGCAGCUCCUCUUCCUCUCCCUCCUCUGCAUUCUCUCCAAGGUUUGUGCCCAGCUGUGCCGGAGACCAUGCUACUGCCCCUGGGUGCCACCCCGCUGUCCCCGCGGGUCCCCCCUGGUCCUGGAUGGGUGUGGYUGCUGCAAGAUCUGUGCCCGGCGCCUGGGAGAGCCCUGUGACUUCCUGCACGUCUGUGACCAGAGCCAGGGGCUCGUCUGUGACUACAGCUCAGCAUCUGCAGGGACAGGAGGCACCUGCAACUUUGAAGAUGACGAGGAGGGCUGCGAGGUGAACGGCCGGCUCUAUCGAGACGGGGAAGUUUUCCAGCCCAGCUGCAAAAUGCRGUGCCAGUGCUUGGACGGGGGCUUCAACUGCAUCCCGCUGUGCCAGGAGGAUGUCCGGCUGCCCACGCCCGACUGCCCCUUCCCCCGGCGAGUGGAGAUCCCGGGGAAGUGCUGCCCUGAGUGGAUCUGCGAAGCGCAGGAUCAGCACCUGCUCCGGGAUGCCAGGGCAGCCACCAGGGCAGUGUCCCCAUUGCUGCCAUUCCCCUGCCAGGAGUGGGGCACGGAGUGGAGCGCCUGCUCGGCCACCUGCGGCGUGGGCUUUGCCACCCGUGUCACCAACCAGAACCGCUACUGCCGGCUGGAGACCCAGCGGAGGCUGUGCAUGGUCAGAGCCUGCCCGGCGCCGCCGGCCGCCUUCGCUGCGAGRGGAAGAGGAGGUCGUUUGUAGCUGUGCCCAGCCCAGAUUCACCCCGGAGCCAACGCCUCAUCCCGGCAAAGAGUCUGGCACAAACCCACGGCGCUGCGGUUACGGUGAGAAUGGAAGAUGUUUCCAUUGGGAAAACAGGGAAAGAAUGAUGGACUUUGGCUGCAAAGGAGGCUGGAAACAGAGAACAAGAUCCCCGUGUCAUCCAUCACCUGCCUCCUCUGUGCACCCCGCUCCCCCAGGCAGGGUUACCGGGCAGCAUCCCCGAGUUUCUCAGGCUGAAUGAGAAGGGAAAUGGGGAAAUCCUGCUCCAAGCAUGAACCUACCUAAGAAACCAGGAACUGGUCCCUUCCUGGAUCAGUGGGGCUUCUCCACCACAUCAUGCAGCUCUGCUCUGCAGGGACUUCAAGAGACACCAUCUCCAGCACCUGGAAGCCAAAACCCCUGGAGGGAACCCUCAUUCCCUGGCCCCCCAGGGAGGGAGCAGGUACAUCAAUCUGCACCCCACAAGACACUGCCAAACCAGGCUGAGCUCUCGAUCCUGCAGGAGUUCAGCCAUCCCUGGUACCCACCCCGCAGCCCAGCAGCCCCUCCCGGGCACGGGCAGGCUCCUCCCGAGGGCAGCUCGAACUCACGCUGCCCUCAUCCCUCCAGAACAAACACGAACCCUCCCGCUCUGCCUGGCCUCCUCCUCUCCCAAGCGCUSGUGGUUUGGCCGGGCUGCGGCAAAKCGAGGAGCUCAGACAGCGGASACUCCGCUCCACAGCAGCAGACAGACCGCCUGCCAUCCAAGCACAUUCCCGGGGAGCCGGGGCCAAAGGAAAA